AAGGCGCACGACUGCCCGCUGGACCGGGGUACACAUGUUCUCAAGCAGCAGAAGGCUACGGACCACUUCUCCAUGGUCUCACCGGUGUCGUCGCCCAUGCCGACACCCCUUGCGGAGCCCACGGUCUACAAUGGCGACGUGAACCUGUGUUUCCCGUCGACCGGGGGGACGUCGGUCGUGGCCCACACGCCCCAGGUGACGCCGACGAACGAGGAGGACGCGCGGAUCGGGGCGCCGCUCUCGCCCUUCACCCCGGGCCCCGACGGGUCGUCCGGGAAGUCGCCGUUCAGCCCGGCCACCCCAGGCAUUGGCAGGUACACCCCGGGCAGCGAGCUCCUCAGCCCGGCCAGCCACGCCGCCUCGCCCGUCAGUCAGAUCUACACUCCCGCGGACGUGGACCCGGAGGACCGCGAGGCUUCCCCGGCCUACGAGCCCUUCAGCCAGACGUUGCCGUCGCCAGCGAGCCCGGU